AUGGGCAACGAUGGCGGUUCGAUUCCGAAACGCCGCGAGCUUGUUAAGUCAGCUGCGCGGGCGCCGACCGUGAGCGAGCUCAAAGCAACUGCGCUUGAGAACCUCACCCAUGCCUGGGCCUACGACCCCUUGACGUCGGAGCGGCUCGACAUGGAAAACGUGGUAUCUGACUGGCGAGGGCGCAUUAAAUCACUGCGCGAUAUCGUCAAGCUCAAGAUCAAGCGCUACGAGCCCUCCGCAUCCAAAGGCCAGGAGAUCUGGGCUUGCCCAGUAUCGCUGAAAGAGCUUGGCCCCGCGACAAAGACGGUAUAUCUCGUCCCGUGCGGCCACGUAUUCGCCGAUGCUGCCAUCAAGCAGAUUCAAGAGGAUGUUUGCCCGGAAUGCAGCGAGAAGUUUGGGGCUGGAGACGUUAUCCCAAUCUUGCCGACUGAAAAUGCAGAACUCGAUCAUCUCACGGAGAGAAUCAGCAAUCUCAAGGCUAGCGGGCUUACACACAGCCUGAAGAAGGAGAAGGGUAACGGGAAGAAGAAGCGCAAGGCGGAGGAUGCGGAAGGGGAUGGAAAAGCGAAAUCUGAAAAGGCCAAGGGGGCUCACGGAGAACACGGGUCGGCGGUCAAGGCAGUUUCGAAGUCAAAUGCUAGCAACCGAGUGAGUGGUAUAAAUAAUGCCAUGACGGCCUCACUCACGGCGAGAGUUUUAGCAGAACAGGAGGAGCGCAACAAACGGCGCAAGUUGGCCGCCGAAGCGAGAUGA